AUGAGCGCCUGCAGAAGAAUCGAUGACGUGGCACUUCGUGAAGUGUUCCGUUCAGUCGAUGCGGCCACUCUGCAAAAGUGCCGAAGAGUGAGCUUCUCUUGGAAUGAGGAGAUUCUCAGAUUGAACAAGUACACCAGGUAGGUCUGUAUUCAGUUGAGAUUCCUGAGUUUGAGAUCACUCAGAAAGUUUACGCCUUCUUGCCUGAUAAUGGAGUUGGACGGCACUCAGUUCAGGCUUUCCGUUGCCGCUAAAGUAAGCAUUCCAGUGCUCACACUCCUUUCCAGACCUAUUGAUUUCAGAGCAGAAGAGAGACCUUCGAAAAUCCGCUUACGAGUCCCGCAAGCAUCAGGAGGGCUCUUUGUCACGUGGCUUCUCCACAAACCCUCAACAUCUUAGUGCAGCGCGAUUCAGAUGAAGAGACAUUUGAGAGGAUGAUGGCUGGAAUUGGCGAAGAAUGGUGCCGAGAAGUCAAGGAGGUCGGAUGAGUUUAUAAUAAUUUUCCACGCAACUACUCGAUUCUGUUCAGCUAGAGAUUGCGACGCACAGCUGUGAUCUGAAAGUGUCAAAGAUCCUUUCUCACUUGGAAAAGUUCCCUCAACUCGUCCGUCUUUCCCUUUCCCAUUUCUCAGAAGAGCACAUCUCCUGCGCCGAGAUCUUCAGAAGUCUUCCCGAACUGAGAUACCUGAGAAUCUACUCAUUCAAUGGAAGCGAUAGCUCGAGCGGUCUUGUUUUCGAUGAAAAUGCUUUCAAGCAACUACUGGAGAAUCAAAGGAGAUCGAGAAGGAUUCAAAGAAUCGAGCUGUUCAAGACGGACGUUCCUAUGAGCAUGGACAGGAUGAUAGAAGGGCUGAGAAGACUGGCCAACGUUCCGAUGCUUACGGAGCCCACCGAAAAACCAUUGCUCUCUGAGGUAUCUUUCUUUUCUGCUCUUUCUAGUACUCAAUUUCUGUUUCAGGACGAAGAAGAAGCUUCAGCCAUUCAUCUCCUUUUCGACAAUUGCAACUGGAAUCUGAUCAAAGAAACGCAUCUGCUCGCUUCGAUAAUUCGCAUCUCUUCACAGUUCAACUUUCCGACUCGACAGCAAGAAGACGAUGAUAUUCUGAAGGGAGACUUCCGCUUCCGCCUCUCCGAUACCAAUUUUGUACUGAAGUUUAUGACCUGA